GAUGUCGCAAGCAUCAGAUAGCCCGGGGGCGCUGCGCCACGCUCUCCUGCAGGCAGUGGGGGGCGCCAGCCUCCCGCCCCCCAGUGGGGGGGACGUCAUCAAGUCACGGGUGUCCCCCGGGUCACGGGACGCGGUGUUCGGCGGGCCCGUGUUGUCGGGCGGGGGCCCGGAAUCCAUCAUGGCGGCGGUCCCGGGCCUGCAGCUGGGCCUCGUGGCCCUGGCCCUCCUCAUCCUCGUGCUGGGCCUCGGGGCCAUCCUGUACAUCUGUGUCCACUGGGCACUACUACAUGGACAACGUCUCUUACAUCAGCAAGAACAACAACCGGGACGACAGCCGCAGCGACGCAGGUCCCCCCUCCCCGUGGGUGUCCCGCCCCUCCACCUCCCGUGGGUUCUCCCCACCCACGGGGCUCCCCCACCUCCUCCCCCACAGCCACGGGUACCUCCCCCAGCACAACUCCGACGCCG